AAACAAAGCCGAAUUGGUCACUGAAAGCAUGGAAGUUUAUGUUGGUGAGGGAAUCGUGAGAUUUCAUCCUAAGGUCCGUGCGUUUUUGGUUGCAGGGUGGGGGGACUGGGUUCAACCUCUACCAACAAGUCCUAUGCUUGUUUUUCUGUUGCUACAGUUUCUUUAAAUGGUCAAGGGUGCCGCGAACCUGGCAGCUACUGAGGAACGCCGUGUGACCAUCACUGGUGCUCUCUAUAGAACUGGCACCAGUUUUGAAAAGUUGUUCCAUCCAUGAGUCUUGUGAAGUGCUUGAAGUUGAUUGCACCUGCGUUGUGCGAGGAUGGAUGUCGAGGAGUAGCGCUGGGGGAAACUUUCCCAUCACUGCAGUAGCACUUCUGUGUGCGACUUGCAGGGUUGUGUUGCCUGAGGAAAUCUGUUUGGCUGCUAUCGUGUGAGAUGCUGCUGUUGAGAGUGCGAGGGGCAAGAUGAAGCCUUUCUGUACGUCCUUCAAUGCUUGUGAGCAGCGUUUAAGAACUGUUUGCAAGUUUCGUCGAAUUCCAGGGUUCUCGGUCCGAAUAGGAUACAGAAGAGCGAAUGCUGCAAGAUCAUGUCCAGGGCAUGCACCAUCAUGACGACAGCUGAGCGGGAUCCUACUCAGAGACGGAUGUUUCGACACGCUUCCGGACUGGUAUUGAUCUCCGCACUGCUCAUCUGGUCUCUUGAAAUUCAUCCUAUUAGUGCUCAACAACAGUACAGAAAUACCAGCGGAUACACAUGCUCGGGCACUACAAGAUGCCAAACUUACGCUUUCUACAGAACGGCAGGGUCGCAAUCAACUCUGACAUCCAUAGUUACGCUAUUCAACACUAGCGUCGAAGGAAUUGCCACUGCAAGUGAUGUUGAUCCUAACAGGACAAUCCCUUUCAAUGAUAGAGACCCUCUCUACAUCCCUCUUAAUUGUAGCUGUUUCAAUAAUACUUUUCGAGCACUUACGUCUCAGCAGAUUAAGUCCGGCGAUACGAUGUACAAGUUCGCCAAUGGAACUUACCAGGGGCUCACUACCUGGGAAGCCAUUAGCGUCGCAAACCCCACAGUCAUAAUCACUAACAUGACGGUAGGCGACUACCUGGUGAUACCAUUGAGAUGCGCUUGUCCUACGACUACGCAACGAAGGGCUGGUUCUCGAAUUUUGCUCACUUACUCGAUCUUCCCUGAUGAAACCCUAAAGUUUAUCAGCGGUCUGUUCAACAUUCCGGAAGUAGAGUUACAAACUGCAAACAACGGGGCGAGUUCAGCAAAUCUAGCAGCGUUUACUACUUUGCUUGUUCCUCUUCCGAGUCUUGUACCUUUGAGCACGAUGAAAUUUCCAUCACCUCCUCCGCCCUCGGUGGAAGCACCAGGUCCAGCACCGUCCACCCUUGUUCCUGUGAUCACCAACAAGGAUCCAUCCAAGACGUCAAUGUACAUUGGCAUCGUCUUUGGUGGCUUCGGGAUGGCUUUGGCUUUUAUCCUGGCAUGUGUGUUGUGUGCUACUGUUAAACGUUACAAGAACAUUAUUCGCAAGAUAGAGUACGAGAACAGAGGCUUGUUGAACAGGAAGUCCUCUGUAACGGAUAUCGACUCUCUUGACACUGCGAACUCUAGCUUGGUUAGUGGCAUGACGGAUCUGUUUGGCUGCGAUAAGCUUACAAAAUUCUCGUAUGAAGAGCUGGACACGGCCACAAAUCAUUUCAGCGAAGACAACAGAAUCCAGGGAUCCGUCUUCCUGGCGAAAUUGAACGGGUCAUUUGUAGCAAUCAAGCGAAUGAAAGGGAACAUGUCGGACGAGCUCAAGAUUCUGUCCCAGGUUCACCAUGGCAAUGUGGUGAAGCUGGUUGGCAUGUGUGCAAGGGACUCAGAUGGGCGCUCGGAGAAUCUCUACAUCGUCUACGAGUAUGCAGAGAACGGCUCGCUCAGUGACUGUCUUCAUCACCAAAUGGCAUAUCCAACCUCCAAUUUCUCACGGUCUGUUGGAUUGCUGAUUUGGAACACAAGAAUGCAGAUAGCGGUGGACAUUGCCUCGGGGCUAGAGUACUUGCACAACUACACCAACCCUAGCUUGGUGCACAAGGAUGUGAAGAGCAGCAACAUCCUUCUGGACAAAAACUUUCGUGCCAAAGUAGCCAAUUUCGGAAUGGCAAAACCUGCUGACAGCGGGGAGCCUGGCCCCCUCAUGACUGAGCACAUCGUCGGCACACAAGGCUACAUGGCUCCAGAGUAUCUAGAGCACGGUUUGGUCUCGACCAAGGCCGACGUGUUCUCCUUCGGGGUGGUGCUCCUGGAGCUGCUAUCUGGGCGGGAGGCGAUCUGCAACGACGGCGGGGGAGAGUUCACCAUGCUGUCGGCGACAAUCUCCAACGUUCUUAGCGGCGACGACCAGAUGGCAAAGCUGCAAGCUUGGAUGGACCCCCGAUUGCAGAACGCUUACCCGAGCGACAUCGCCCUCAGCGUGGCCAUCCUGGCGAAGUCGUGCGUGGAGACGGAUCCGAGGUCGCGCCCCGACAUGAAGCAGAUCAGUUUCGCGUUGUCGAAGAUGUCCAGUGCGUCGCAGGAGUGGCAAAUGUCUACCGGAUACUCGAACCACCCCAUCGAAGCUCGCUGAUCAUCCAGACACGGUUUCCAGACUUUUUCCAUCCGCAUGCUCGAAUUUUGUACAGACGCACCUCGAGGAUUGUACGCCGCGAUCGAUUUCGCGGUCUCAGUCGAAAAGGAUCCGAGAUCUAGAUGCGGUUACGCAGGUAAGAUGCAGGAAUCCCAUGCCUUUCAUAUCUAUUCUACCGUAAACUUGAAACGACCUACAGAGUUGGAAAAACAAAUAUGGACAUGUGGAUUUGGACUUCUACUGGAAACUUCGGAGGUUUUAGGUACAUAUUCACGCAUUAUCUUGUGCCCUUUUUCUCUCUAUUAGUUUUGAAUUUUUGGUGUCUAUAUGGGUUUUGAUAACUUUACAUUUUGCCCUUUGAAACCACACACCCCCCCCCUUUUGCGGUUUGUACCGUAGGGAUGUACCGUGGAUGGAUGAACGAGCGAAGGGACAUCCAUCCACUGGGGGUUGGGCAGCAUGUAGAACUUUCACCGCUGCCCAACCCUCUUAAGCCAAUUUUGGGCAGCGAGCCAAAUUCUCACUACUACCCGCCCCACUCAGUUUGUUAAUAUAUGUGGUAGACCUGACGGUAUUGAGGUUAAUGCUUCCUUCUUCAUCCGCCUUAGUCUUAAUUAUGUGCCUUGCCAUUGUAGGAUUUGAUGGGUAAAUUGGGCUUCUUUUGAACUCUUCAUUUAAUCUCCGCUUCUUCUUUGCC